UUUUCGACCUUAAAACUAUGAACUUGUGGUGAAGUCUGUUAUUAGUUUUUCCUUCAGUUAUGGCCCUUUCUUCUUCUUCUUCCUUGUGCUAUUCUCCAUUAACAUCAAAGAUUGGUCAUUUUGGUGCUGUAAGAAGUGGUGCUGAGUUCUGUAGAAGAAGGGUCAAGUUGGGAGGAGACUGGAGUUUCAGAGGAGGAUCCAAAGUCAUUUUGAAGCCAAAAGUUGUGACAUCUAAACUUUGUCAAAAACAUAGCGGAGUUUAUGCUUCAUGGUUGUCAAGCUCUGAACUUGCCAGCAAUGUGUUUACAAUGGGAACAACAGCAGUUCUUCCAUAUUACACACUCAUGCUCUUAGCUCCCAAAUCAGAGAUAACCAAAAAGUCAAUGGAAAGUGGAAUACCGUUUGUGUUGCUUGGCCUUGUGUAUGCAUAUUUGCUGUGCCUUUCUUGGACUCCUGAAACGAUUCAACUCCUUUUUGCAAGCAAAUACUUCUUACCGGAGCUGAGCAGUAUAACAAAAAUGUUCUCCAGUGAGAUGACUUUAGCCUCUGCUUGGAUUCACUUACUGGUUAUAGACCUUUUUGCAGCCAGGCAGGUUUUUCAUGAUGGACUGCAGAAUCAAAUUGAGACUCGCCAUUCAGUUUCUCUUUGCCUCUUCUUCUGCCCUAUUGGUGUUCUUUCCCAUUUCAUCACCAAACAAAUCACCAAAAAUGCCAUCAAAGAAACACACAGAGAAUCAUAGUUGCGUACCUAUUCACAAAUUGUUACUCUCAGUACAGAAAAGUCUGCCUUCUGUUGCCAGAAGCUCUUCCAUAACCCCAUGAUACAAUUAGUACUUAAUCACUUUGAUUACAAGUUGAAAAAAAUAUCGAACCCCUUCUUGUGUGGAUCAUGUCAUUAAUUAAAAGAAAAUAACUGCUUUACUGGCACAAUUAA